AUGGGUGCUUCGUACCAAGAAUGUUCAUCAUUGCUUCUUCAAGAUCUCAAAGUGAAGAUCAAAGAAUCAUCACUCAUUUUCCCAUCUGAAGAAACCUUAACCCAUGAGAGAAAAUCUAUGUUCUUGUCCAAUGUCGACCAAGUUCUUAACUUUGAUGUCCAAACGGUUCAUUUCUUCCGACCAAACAAAGAAUAUCCUCCGGAGAUUGUGUCGGAGAUGAUGAGAAAGGCGUUGGUGAGAGCAGUGGACGUGUACGAGUUUUUGGCCGGGAGACUUCGUUUGAACCCUAGCUCUGGACGGUUGGAUGUUGACUGUAACGGUGCUGGAGCUGGGUUUGUUACGGCGGAGAGUGAGUUCACUUUGGAGGAACUUGGAGAUUUGGUUUAUCCAAAUCCGGCUUUUGCUAAAUUGGUUACAAGUCAGCUUGAAUCUUUGCCUAAAGAUGAUCAACCCUUGUUUGCUUUUCAGGUAACAUCAUUCAAGUGCGGUGGAUUUGCAAUGGGAAUCUCAACAAACCAUACAACGUUCGAUGGACUUAGUUUCAAAACAUUUCUCGACAACUUAGCCUCUUUACUAAGUGAGAAGCCCUUAUCAACACCUCCAUGCAACGACCGUUCUCUUCUCAAAGCUCGUACUCCACCACGUGUCACAUUCCCACACCACGAGCUUGUCCAGCUCCAAGACUCGGAGACAACAACAGUCUUUGAAGCCACUUCAGAGAACUUAGACUUCAACAUCUUCAAGCUAUCCUCUCAACAAAUCUCGAGGCUCAAGGAGAAGGCCUCGGAGAGUAUUGGUAGUGGUUGUGUUCGUGCGACGGGUUUUAACGUUGUAACCGCUUUGGUUUGGAGGUGUAAAGCACUCUCUUCAGUAAAAGAAGAGGUGGAUGAUCUUGAAAAAGAAUCAACCAUUCUUUACGCGGUGGACAUCAGAGGGAGGCUGGAUCCCCAGCUUCCCUCUGCGUACACUGGAAACGCGGUUCUAACCGCGUACGCCAAGGCGAAACGAAAGAUACUGCUUGAAGAACCGUUUGGGAGGAUUGUGGAAAUGGUAGGAGAAGGGGCGAAUCGGAUAACGGAUGAGUAUGCAAGAUCCGCUAUAGAUUGGGGAGAAAUGUACAAAGGGUUUCCACAUGGGGAAGUUUUGGUUUCAUCGUGGUGGAAACUAGGAUUUGCGGAGGUUGAAUAUCCAUGGGGAAAGCCUAAGUAUUGCUGUCCCGUUGUGUACCAUCGGAAAGACAUAGUUUUGCUGUUUCCAGACAUUGAUGGAGAUAGUAAAGGUGUAUAUGUCUUGGCUGCUUUGCCUUCUAAGGAGAUGACCAAGUUUCAGAAAUGGUUUGAAGACACCCUUUGCUGAUUUCUCCUUCGCUUCACUUUGCAUUGGUAUUUUCUUGGUUCGACUUGGGUACUUUUUAUAAAAUAAAAGACAAAGGUGAACGACCUGGUUUAAGAUUUGGCUUUUCCGUUCAGUUUAUAAAACCACAUAAUGCAUGUUGAAUUCAGUUUUUUAUACAUAUAAUAAAGUUUUAAGUUUUAAUAAAAAGUAUUAAUAAGACUAGAUUUGUAUAAGAUAUAUGAUUUUAUCCUUUUAGUUCAAACUCUGUAAUAUAUAUAUUUAUAUAUUUUUUUUAAUGAAUUUCAGUACUUACGUUUGUUACAUUAAGCUCGAUUUUGUUGGCUUUCUUAAAAAAAAUAUCCAGUAAGAUUAUAAACUUUUCAGUAAUUCAUCCCAUUCAAGCCCACCUAGAUACGGUAUUUGAUAAUAGAUAUGAAAAGAAUACUUUAUACCUUCUUAUGUAUUUUUCUGUUAUUUAGGAUCAAUUAAAAAGUUGUAUUGUAAGCACAAAAUAUGUUGUAAAUGAAAAUGAAUACAAAAUAUUUUAUA